AUGGCCGCCAUCACGACGGACCACCAACAGCCUCCGCUGCCUCCCCUCGGCCUUGAGCGUUCCCUCUCCCAGCACAGCUGCUCGUCCGCCCGCUCUCACCGCAGCACCCUGCGCUCUGGCAGGACGCGCCGUCUCCAUUCCCAGGCCAGCACCAGCAGCCGCUCUUCCUCCAGCAUCGCCGCCAGCGACAAGUCUCUCACCAGCUUCCCUAGUUUUGGCGCUCCAGAAGGCUCUGCCGCCGGCAUACCCAGCAAUGACGACGCCGACGAGCGCCUAAAGACGGCCACGCAAGAGUCAGAGAACCGCCGAUUUCGUGCCACCCUCCCCGCCCGGCCCUCCAUCGUCGACAGCUUAAUCGACACCGAGGCCUCCAACCCCGUCGCUGCCACCUCCUCACCCUUCCGUGGGGCCCUCUUCGAAGAUGGCGUCCUCACCCGCUCCGUCCCCGGCGCCCUCCACCAGGCUCCCGACGGCCACAUCGAACGUCUCGUCGCCCGUCAAGGCGCCGUCUCCCUCGUCAGGCAGCUCGCCCAAGACCUGGCCCAGCGCGAUACCCAGAUGGCCAGCCUCCGCCGCCGCGCCGACGAACGAGAACGAGCACUGCGACGCAUCAUUCGCGAGUGCGGUCUCUCUACCAUGGAGCUCGAGGCCAGGCUGCGCGUCGUCGAGGCCGAGAUGCGGACAAACGGCUUGUGCGGAAACGGCUCUAGUCACGAUGGUGGCUUGACAGACCUGAUGAGCGACGCCAUGCAAGACACGGUGUCGGAGAAUGUGUAUGGCGAGACUGAUUUGUCAAACUCGACCGUGCGACUCGGAUCGGCGACCGUGUCCCCCGCCACUGGCGCUGCGGGCAAGAGCACUCUUCGUGGGUUGAAAGACAUGAUCUGGGGCUCAGGCACAGCAAAAAGGUCGAGUCGCGGCAGCAGCGUCAACGGCGACGCUGCCGCCGCUCUACGGUCACAUUCGAGCCUUGAAAGGCGGCCCGCCAUCCAAGACGAUCUCUUCGAUCCUCCCGACGCCCGUUCUGUCCGAUCUUCUAGCAGAGCAUCUAGCAUAUACUCGGGCGCCAGCGAAAGCCGUAAAGUGCCAGCCUCUCUGGCCAGUCUUGCCCUCAAGCUGGUGGCUGGUGGCACGCAGACGGAAUCUAGGGGACGCGCUGUCAGUACCACGGGCACCGCCUCGGCGCGUGGAGCCUCGGCGGCCAGCCGCAAGGGAGCACCAUCAGGGAGAUCUGCCUCCGUGACUGGACCGAAAGCGCUCAUGGCUAUGAGGCGCGCGACGCCAGGCCCGACGUCCCAGCCCUCCAGCUCUCGGGCGCAAGCACAGGAACUCUGGGGCGGUAUGGCCGGUAGCCCACCGAAAUCAGCUGCUGCUCGCCAGGAAAGCUACGGUCCCGUGGAAAUGGAUGCUAUUCUGCCGCCAGAGUCGCAGCCUCCGACUCUAACACAGAUGUACAACUAUUCCGGGAACAGCUCGCACUUGACGGACCGAUUUGGCUUCAUCUACGAUCAGCGCCGGAAGAAGCGACAGCGUGAGGCUCAGCAGACGUCCCAACGAGUUCGCAAAGGCAGCCGCGCGGAAAUGCUCCUCAAUGGCCGGUCAAGCAUCUCGCCCAAUCUGCUUGAUGACCUUCCGAGCCCCAAGUGGAGCGAGAGUGACGGCCGACCCGGCACACCCGGCAGUAUGGAAGACAAGUCGCAGGAAGAAGGGAAGCCAAAGCGAUGGCAGGAUUACCUGAGCAUUGCCACGUUUCCUACAGAGCUGCUCAGCCACACACCGAGCAUUAGCGCCUCCGCGCUGGAAGUCCUCGAAGCCGCAGAGAUGAGCCGAGAGUCGGAGCAGCAGGCCAACGAGCCGACACGGCCGCAAGCAAUCAGGCCUACCGGUGCUGGCCUGGUACCUCCCGCCAGCACAACUACCACUGCUGUCGACAAUGAAACGACACCGUCUUCUGAGCCUGAAUCCGCCGCCUCUGUUGCUGUGCAAGACGACAACGAGCCUGUGAAGCUAUUAUUGCAACAGCUUAGUGAGGUUCACGACUCGCUGCAGCGCGAGAAGACGGUGCGAUGGAACGAUUUUUUGCGCAAAGUUCGUGCUGAGCGCAAACGUGAGGGCGAGGCCGCCAUUGCCGCCGCAAACGCAGUCGCCGAGGCCCGUUAUGAGCGACCUACCAUGAUUCUCCCCGAGACUCGCGUCGCCGAUGGUGAGGUGAUUGGUAUCGCUGGGCUCGGCAUCAAGGGCAAGGUUGGGCGAGCCAAGUGGAACGAAUUCAAGACGCUUGUUCUCGGCGGUAUCCCGGUCGCGUACCGCGCCAAGGUGUGGUCUGAAUGCUCUGGCGCCACGGCACUGAGAGUGCCCGGCUACUAUGAUGACAUUGUUGCGCAGAGCGGUGAGCUGGAUGACCCGACUGUUGUCAGCCAGAUCCAGAUGGACAUCCACCGUACACUGACGGAUAACAUCUUCUUCCGCGAAGGCCCUGGCGUGUCGAAGCUCUCCGAGGUGCUGCUGGCGUAUUCUCGACGAAACAAGGACGUGGGCUACUGCCAGGGGAUGAACCUGAUUACGGCCAACCUUCUGCUCAUCACGCCAUCCGCCGAAGACGCGUUUUGGAUCUUGGCUUCGAUUGUCGAGAACAUCCUCCCGCACGGCUACUACGACCACUCGCUCAUUGCCUCGCGGGCAGACCAGCAAGUGCUUCGACAGUACGUGGCGACGGUGCUGCCGAAGCUCUCUGCUCACCUGGACGCCCUCUCGAUUGAGCUGGAGGCGCUUACGUUUCAAUGGUUCCUGUCCGUCUUCACCGACUGCUUGAGCGCGGAGGCGCUGUUCCGGACAUGGGACGUGGUACUGUGCACGCAGGACGGUAGCACGUUCCUGUUCCAGGUUGCGCUGGCACUGCUCAAGCUCAACGAGCGCAACCUGCUGCGGCGCGACACGGCUGCAGGCGUCUACACGUACAUCAACCAUCACAUGACGGAGCACGCAACCAGCAUCGACGGCCUGCUGCAGGCGAGCGAGGCGCUGCGGCGUGUCGUCCGCCGCGACGACGUCGAGGAAAGGCGCGCCAAGGCCAUACAGGCCGAGCGCGAUCUCAUUGCCCAGCGCACGGGAAGUCAGGGAGGGAGCGCGCGUAGCAGGGUUGCGGGCGACGAGGCUGGUAGUGUGAACUCGGGGGCGUCGCUGACGAUGGAAGAGCCUCGACCGAUGGAGUGA